AUGGAGGUGGAGGCCGCGGGCAGGACUGCAGCAGGCAUUUACCCAGUGGAUAUUUUGGAAGAUGACCCUGCUGGGCAUCGGGAAGCGGCUCUGGCUUACUGUGCCACUCUUGGGGAAGGAGCAUGGCCCUCACCAGAGGUUUUCUCUCUUCCCACUGGGGAGCAGGUUAAACUUGAAGCUUCGUCUGUUUGCUUUUGCACUGUGCACUGUGAUGAACCUCAACAUAAAAUCUUGGUCUUGGUUAAUCCCCAGGACACAAAGACAGUUGUGGCUGUUUACAUGAAGGAGUCCUGGUGGACCACUGAAGAUGUACUAAGAACCUCUGAUCCUGCAAGAGAAGGUCUGAUAAAGGUUCAGUCAUUUGGGGAAAGGAUUGUGCUUUUUAUUCUAAACGUCGUUAUUUUUGGAAGACUGGAGAGGAAUUUGGAUGAUGAUGACAUGUUUUUUUUACCUCACUCUGUGAAGGAGGAGGCUAAAAUUCUGUGGAGAGACGGAGCAGCUGUUGGAUUUUACACAACCAAAAGGAAAGGCAGCCUGUGUGGUGAUGGCACGGGUGUGUGCUACCUGCUGCCUGUCUUAGACACCGUGUUUGUCCGGAGGAGCCAUCGCCGCCAGGGCCUGGGCCUGGCCAUGCUGAGGGACUUCUGCCAGACGUUCCGAGAGGACGAGGCCCUGGGCAUCAACUGGCCAAUCUCCCCUGCCAUGUACCAAGUCUGUAGGAAGUUCCUGGCGGAGCAUCCAGAGGAGCGGGGGCGCCUGUGGGAGGCGGAGCCCCCAGGAGCCUGGGGCCAGCGAGUCAACAUCUGGCUGAAGGUUCAGCUUCAACAGGCAAGGCGUCCAGAUUCUCACCCAGGAAAUUCCAAGGAGGAAGUGACUGCUCUUGGGUGCACUUCUCAAGACAGUGGACCCGGAAUAUCCCAUAAUGGAGAAGACAACAAGGAGAGGAUCAGUGGAGAAGAACUGGAGAAGAAUGAUCGAGAUUGCGCAGUGACAGAAGCAGCUGGGUGGCUUGCGAGAGCAUGCUGGCCUGAGCAGGAGGGGAAGGAAGCCAAGAGGACGGCGGUGGAUGCUGGGCUGCCCCCAGGGUCGUGGCGGAAGCACAUGCGUCCCAGCUCCUAACCCCUAACUCGCAGAGGCUGAGCUGAGUCCACUGAGAGGCUUGCCUAGGCUCCAGGGGACGUGGGUUUGAGAGCUACCUGCCACUCCAUGCUCCUGUCGCUGGGAGCUGGCCUCUGUCCUUGCUGUGCUGUCAUUUGAGGAGCAAAUGACCACACAGACCUUCCUACCUAGGCUUGAUGUGUGGGCUCAGGUGAUGGGAAGCCUGAGAAGCCCCUCAUUUAAUCCGAAGGUGCUGUACAGGGGCAAGUAAUAAUUUUCCCACACUCAGAUUUCAGAAGCCCAUUCGUUAAACCUAACAUGGUUUCUCUUGCUCAGGAUGAAUUUGUAAAGACUGCACUGGAACCACAUGACUACGCCUCUUUCUUCAGCACAAGGAAGCCCAGGGCUGCCCCGUCCACACUGCAGAAAUCCCUCUGGGGUUUGCCCACGACAGCUCUGCUGUAACUGCGAGACCCCAGACACCAGAGGGGUUUCCAAGGAGACACGUUUCUUUCUGGAGAAGUUUCAGCCACGUCGGAAGCUCCCUGAGGUCAGGGCCAGGCUGCCUGGUGCACACCCAGGCCUCUGGCUCACGUCUGGCUGGUGCAGGAGGCACUCAGAGUGGGCCCCAGGCGGGCACCAGGAUCAUAGCAGCACCUACUUCCCAAGGGAACUGCCGGAGGGGACUUCGGGCUGAUGGCCCUUCUAUAGUAUUGGUGCCUUCAGUGGACAGGCUUGUGCUAAUAAAGGUGACUGUAAAGGUGACAUCCUGGCCUGCAUGUGACAGCAGCCCCCCUUUCUACAUACCUACACAGCCCUGCUCCGGCAUGUGCCCAGCCGCUGUCAGGGUUCCUGCCCCCCCAGACCUCAGUGAGGACAGGCGAGGCUGGCCGUGGCCAGUGCUGAUGCCUGUUCACAGGGCAAGGCACAGUCCAGGCAGCUUCACGAGGUCUCAGAGCCUGUCUCCUGAGAUCGGGAUGGGCUUUCUCUGCAGUCAGCAUGGGCUCUCCCAGGGUCAGUAGGAUUCUUUCCAAGGAAGGCUGGUCAGGUCUUCUUGGGGCGGGCAAGCCAAGUGCCGCCUUAACUUCUGGGGAAUGCAAACCUGAUUGUAUCACCAAGGACACUCCACCCCCUCUGUGGCUCGACACUGUCUUUGCAGCACCCAGGGCCUGUCACAGAGGGCGCCGCUGACGCUGCACCUGCCUCUGGGCUCGCCCGCCCCAUCUUCUGUUGCCUGGCUGCCUGGGCCUCUCCAUCCUCAGACACACCAGGGUCUCACUUAGGGUCCGCUGGGGGUCUUUGCCUUCCCCUCCCUCACCACUCCCUCCUGCACGCGUGCGCGCGCGCACACACACACACACACACGCACACGCACACAUACACAUGUUAGUCAGGCUCAUUCCUGCUUACACAUCUGGUUUCAGCUCAGGUGUCCCCUCUUUCCCACAUGGCCUCUAAGCACUGGUCACUCGCUGGGCCUCCCUGAGCCUCCACCAGGGUCAGCCUGGGGUGGCUGAGUGUCAGCUCUGACCUGGCCCUUGGUAACUGGUGGGGGGUGGAUGGUAACAUGUCACCUCAGGAGUGAGGGGUGACACCUUCCUUCUACUGUUCCUCUGCUGCUAGACCCUGGAGAGGUUGGUGGAAGGACAGUUUGAACCUUUUAGGGAUUUAGUGAAGUCCAUCCUGGAGGCUGGGGGUGGGAAGAAGACGACCAGUGCCGAGCGCUGGCAAGAUACUUACUUGCUGCUUCCCUGAGUGGCUAAAGGGUACAUGGGGUGGGACCUCUGUUACUUAUUUACUCACCCAUGUGUCCAUCCAUCCAUCCAUCCUCCCACCCAUCCAUUUCCCUGUCCCUCUCUUGCUCUCUCCCUCCAUCUCUCCGCUCAUCUUCCCACCCACGCAUUUACCCAUUUGUUCACAUCCAUCCAUCCAUCCAUCUAUCCAUCCAUCCAUCCAUCCAUCCAUCCAUCUAUCCAUCCUGCUGUACAACAGACAUUCAGUGUGCUUGCUCAGGGCCAAGCCCUGUGCUGGGCACAGGGGACAUACAGAUAAGUGAAGCAUGGUCCCUGGACUCAAGGAAACUGUUUUCUGGAAGGGUCCCUCCUGGAAUCUUCCAAUACGCUUGUCUCUCUUACAUUCGUUAGAAAGAGGGGUGAGUCCAACUGAAUAGAAAGUUUAGAGCUCCGUACGGAGAUGUAAAGUCCCCCAGUGCAUGUAGGCUCUCUGGGAAGGAGGCACAGUGGUCUCAAGUCUGUAGUGGAGGGGCUGCUGUGUGUGACGUCAGACGUAACCUUUCACACGUGGUGUAGAUUGAGCUGUGAACAUUUCACUGUUUGAGACAAAUCACUGGUACUUUCUGUUUAUGAGGAAAUGAACUGAUCAAAGUGGCUCAGGGGUUUGAUGAAGUUACUAUCAAUAAGAGAAUCCUCUCAAGGAAGAAAGACUGAUGUGUUGAUGUAAUUCAUUUAAAGAUGUACGAACAGGGCUUUCCUGGUGGCG